AUGUCAGACGAGGAAGGCACUUCAAGCUCAACCACAACGAACGCCUCCGAGUUAAAGCUUCCUCAUUUCUGGCCCAAUAACCCCAGGGUGUGGUUCAGCCAAGUCGAGGCCCGCUUCCAGCUGCGACACAUCACAUCGCAGGAGUCUAAAUACCUCCACGUCGUUGCAGCACUGCCACCUGACAUCGCUGACGCCGUAGACGAUGUGCUCGCCUCCACUCCAUCGGACAAAGCCUACGACGAACUAAAAAGCACCGUCCUGAAACGUCUUGAGGUGUCCGAACAGAGCAAGCUGCAACAACUCCUGUCUCAUGAAGAGCUCGGCGACCAGCGUCCCUCGCAACUACUCCACCAAAUGCGUCAGCUGCUGCGACACCAGGCGUCAGAGGAGCGUCAACAGCCAUUGCUUCGCGAGUUGUUUUUGCAGAGACUGCCACAGUAUGUGACGCGCCGGGGCGCCGCGCCACAUGUUUCUGCACCCGCGAAUGUCACACAGAGUGUGGCCGCGGUCGUGCCACCAGCGCCCCCGGCUGGAGCAGCAUGUGCUGCUUCGCCACCUGACAAACAGGGUCGGCAGACCCCCGUGUCUGCUGAACCUCGGACCACUGCAAGCGCAGCUAGGUCCGAAAGUUCUGUGACCGUGCCUGCCGAGCAGGCACCAUCCGCCACCUCACAAGAGGCGAUGGAUACAAGUCCCACUCCUCCGGCGCCUGAGACGCCGAAGGAGAGGCGGAGCUCCUUGGAGCGCACUAAAAAAGAAAGACUACGCAUUACAGGGCCCCCCAAGGACCCUGUAAUCUAA